AUGAGAUGUACGCUUUGGCCAUGCAUGCUACGAAAAUUUUGGAAGAAGGAACGCCAGCCGAUUCGGACGAUCCCGGAAUCCGAUGUUGAGGUCCCAUUCAUCUGCCAGCUGCCUCCCGAAAUUCAACAGCGAAUCCUCGACGAGAUCGGGCAUGAUGAGCUGCCAACGAUGUUCGAGCUUGCCCGCGCCUGCCGCUCCACGUGGCAAAUGGUCGAACGUGCACGAAAAGACGAGGCGCAGGUUGAGCUGUUGGUGAACAGGAACGGAGAAGUGGGCCUUCGACUCUUGCUAAACGUAGCGAGAGAAGACCGUCGUAAGGGGAUGAAGUUGAUGAGUCCGGAGGCGGCGAAGUUACUUUUCGCGCGGCGACACGUGGAGAGGAUCCGUAUUGAAGCAGUCGACCCCGAGCGCGUCUUGUCGCUGCUGGUGGGGAUGACGGCGUCCACCGUCGUGGCCCGAUUCAUGAAGCUUGAAUGGGCACAGAAGCUGAAGCCCAAAGACCAAAACUUCUUCAAGAUGACGCUUCGACGAUCUGAGAGAACGCCGAGAUUUUUUGAAUUUUGUCAAAACUACGUCGAUGUCUUGACGGUCGAUUCGCCGGGAUGUCUGCGGGAGUGCUUGGCCUUUAGGCACCCUGUGCUCUCAAUCAGGGUUGAUGUGCGCCAGAAACCGGAAGUACUGCGUUUUUUGAGGGCUAUCGCAAAGGAGUGGCAACGCGGGCUACGCGAUGUGCGGCGAGUCGAGGUGACGACGUUCUAUCGUUGGGUUGUGGUUAGCAAAGCCGGGCUGCGGGCCGUAGAUGCUGGGUUGGCGCUUACGUCUCGCCACGGCAGCUACUUCCAGCUGUACAAGAAAAUGAGC